AGAUUUUAGGGAGGCGAGGUUGGAUGGGAAGGAUGUUGAGGAGUUGCCUGCAGUCGGUGCUGAAGCUGGUGAAUUCGGUGAUUGGGAUGGCGGGGAUGGGGAUGAUUCUUUACUCCCUCUGGAUGAUGCGGGUUUGGUAUAAGCAAAGCGGUGGCUUAGUUUUUAGCCCUCCAUGGUUUGUUUACACAUUUCUUGGCCUAGGAAUCUUCUUAUGCUUGAUAACUUGCUCAGGUCACAUUGCUGCUGAAACUGCUAACGGUCAUUGCCUUUCAUGUUACAUGGUCUUUGUGUUUUUGCUUGUUAUGCUGGAGGCAGCAGUUACUGCAGAUAUAUUUCUGAACCGAAAUUGGGAAGAGGAUUUCCCAGAGGAUCCAACAGGGAAAUUUGAUGAGCUUAAGAAUUUUGUGAGAUCAAAUUUUGAGAUGUGCAAAUGGAUAGGAUUGUUGGUUGUGGCUGCACAGGCAUUGUCCAUCUUCCUGGCCAUGGUGCUUAGGGCUCUUGGGCCAGACUCUGGAAGUUACUAUGAUAGUGAUGAUGAUAUUGUACCUGCAAGAUUACCCCUCCUGAGAAACCAGGUUCACCACACUUCAUACACUGUUGAACCUAAUUUGCCAAAUAAUGAUCCCUGGAAAGUCAGAAACCGUGAGAAGGUUAGCAGGUGAAAGAUCUAACCAAAAUGCCUCCUUUCCAGAAACUAUAAUUUUGGCGACAUUUAAUUAUGUUCGGAGGGGGUCUGGAGCUUCUGUAUUGUAGUCAGAGAUUAUAACAUGUAGGUGAAAAAUAAGUACUGUAAAUGACAUUGGAAGUGUUGUAGUAUAUGCACAAAUGUUUAUUCACAUCAUUCUUACACAGUAGUAGUUGUAUGAAGCUAUGUUACAAUUAUACAGCAAGAUCGGGGCACAUGCCUUGUUUGACUUAUGACUUCGUAUGGCAAUUUCUGCGAGUUAUCAAUU